AUGGCAGCAGAGCCCGGUAAGGUGUGGUAUUUUCCCGUAAAUGUUGUGAUCAACCCCAAAAAGCCGGGAAAGGUUCGGCUAGUAUGGGACGCUGCGGCAUCCGUUCAAGUUUGCCAUCGGUACGCUGCGGCAUCCGUUCAAGGCAAGUCCCUCAACUCCGAAUUGAUUAAGAGUCCCGACCUUAUCUCCAGUUUGCCAUCGGUACUGUGCCCAUUUCGAGAGCGCCCAAUCGCUUUCGGAGGUGAUAUUGCCGAAAUGUACCAUCAGCUGCAGAUCCGUCCCAAUGACAGGUCAGCCCAAAGGUUCUUGUUUCGACCAACGCAAUCUGGGCCUCCAGUGAUAUAUGUGAUGGAUGUUGCCACCUUCGGCUCAACCAGCUCACCGUGUUCCGCACAAUACAUUAAGAACCGGAACGCGCAAGAUUUGGCUGACCAGUUUCCCGAUGCUGUGGAUGCAAUCGUUGGUAGGCAUUAUGUCGAUGAUUACCUGGAUUCAACUUUCACGGUUGGUGAGGCCAUUAAGCGGGCGAGUGAGGUUACCUUCAUCCAUUCCAAGGCGGGAUUUAAGCUUCGAAGCUGGGUAUCGAACAGUUCGAAAUUCUUGCAGCAUUUUGGUGAACAGACUGAAAGCCGUAAAAUCUACUUCGGUUGCGAUAAAUCCAACUACACAGAAAGGGUCCUGGGCAUGUCGUGGGACACGAUUGAAGAUGUUUUCGUUUUCGCCUCUGUUCUCAGGGACGACCUGCAAUCGUUUUUGAUGGAGGGAAAGCUGCCGACUAAAAGAAUUCUAUUGCGUAUCUCUUUGAAGAAAGAUAGAAAGAUAAUCAUCCAUGAUCUUUGGAGAAAUGGGAGCCCGUGGGACGAAAUACUGGACGAAAACACGGCAAAGAAAUGGUUCAAAUGGAUCGCGCUGCUACCAAAAGUUCAAGCCAUGAAGAUUCCACGCUGUUACUUUCUGGGUACAAAGCCGUCGGAUUACAAGAAUCUCGAGUUGCACGUUUUUGCCGACGCUAGUGAGGAGGCCUACGGUAGUGUUGCGUAUUUCCGCAUAUGGGUAAAUGGAGAACCUAGAGUUGCCCUAGUAUCGGCGAAGUCCAAGGUCGCCCCUCUUCAAUAUAUGUCCAUUCCUACAAUGGAACUGCUAGCUGCAGUACUUGCUGCAAGAUUGUCUGUUGCUGUUAGGGCCAACCACUCAGUCAAGGUAAAACGGCUCGUGAUCCACAUCGACACCUGGAUCCAUUCCGACCACAGAAAGUACAAACAAUUUGUAGCGUACCGCAUCGGAGAAAUUUUGAGUCUCACGAAUCCUGUUGAAUGGUGCUGGGUUGCUUCAAUGAACAACAUAGCAGACGUGCUAACGAAGUGGGGUAAAAAUGGACCCCCCUUGAACACCGACAGCGAGUGGGUGCAAGGCCCGGCUAUUCUGUACCGAUCAAUAGAAGAGUGCUUUCAAAAGGGACUGCCUGCACCAGACGUGAAAGAAGAAAUGCGUGCGUACCUGUUGUUCCACGAAAUAUACUUCGUUCAAUGUUUAGUGGAUACUACUCGCUUCUCGCGUUGGAACAUCCUGAUAAGAUCUGUUGCCAGCGUAUUCCGGUUCAUUUCUAAUUGCCGCAGGAAGAUUAAGAAGCUGCCAAUCGAAUCAGUUCAAACCACGCUGACACAAGGAAGCUUGCUGAAAUGUGCGGUAUCAUCAAUCAAGGCUCCUCUCAAGUGCGAGGAAUAUCGCCAAGCGGAAAACUACCUGUGGAAAAUAGUACAGCAAGAAGGAUUUGCGGAUGAAAUGAAGACGUUGUGGGAAAAUCGCGAGUUGCCGCGAAACAAGUGGCAUGUCAUCGAACGAUCCAGUCCACUUUACAAAUUAUUCCCCUUUUAG